UCUCUCUCUCUCUCUCUCAUGCAUGCAUGCAUGCAUCUCUCUCUCUCUCUUAAUCCAAAUUUCUAAUCCUUUCAUCAGAAGAAAGGAAAGCAACAACCUCAUUGGGAUCAAUGGACAAUGCAGAUCAAAUGGCCAAAGGGGAAUCAGAGAAAUGGAUUCUCGAAAGCAUUGAGAUUGACAAAAUGGCAAAUGUGCCCUUCGACGAUGAUGAGCAGCCAAGCACGGUGUCAAGAAACACAAGUAAAAAAUCUUUCACAAGGAACGCAAGUAGUCUAAAAAACAAGAACAGAGUUCCUAGUCCCACUGUCCCUAAAAUGGAAAGGUCGCAAUCAGGGGCCGUAAAAGGGCUCAAAACCCUUAGGUUCCUCGAUAGGAUGACCACAGGAAAAGAAGGGGAUGCGUGGAGGUCUGUAGAGAAACGGUUCCAUCAACUUGCAACGGUUGGGAGACUCCCUAGGGACAAAUUCGGAGCCUGCGUUGGGAUGGGAGAUAGCAAGGAAUUCGCGGUGGAGGUAUUUGAUGCCUUGGCAAGGCGUAAGGGGAUCGAUGUAACCAAUGGUAUAAAUCUUCAAGAAUUGAGAGAGUUCUGGGAAGACAUGUCGAGCCAAUGCCUAGAUGCACGACUCGGGAUAUUUUUCGACAUGUGUGACAAGAAUGGUGAUGGGAAGCUCUCAGAAGAGGAAGUUAAGGAGGUGAUAGCAAUGAGUGCCUCUGCGAAUAAGCUAUCGAAUCUCAAGCAACAUGCCGCAACCUAUGCAGCUUUAAUCAUGGAGGAGCUUGAUCCCGACCAAUUAGGAUAUAUUGAGAUAUGGCAGCUUGAAACUCUACUAAGAGGUAUGGUGAGCUCCGAAGAAACCAACAAAAUGGAGAACCGUACGCAAAUGGAGAACAAUACGCAGACACUCACAAGAACCAUGAUUCCCAAGCAAUACAGAACCCCCGUAAGCAAAUUCCUAUCUAAAACCUCAGAAAAAUUCCUUGAGAGCUGGAAGAAGAUAUGGGUCCUCACGUGGUGGUUAACCAUAAACUUAAUCCUCUUUGUUUGGAAGUUCAACCAGAACAAACGCAAAGAUUCAUUCCAAGUCUUGGGUUAUUGCCUUUGCAUCGCCAAAGGUUCCGCCGAAACUCUGAAGUUCAAUAUGGCUCUUAUUCUCCUUCCAGUAUGCAGAAGAACCCUAACAAAGCUCAGAGAAACAUUCCUGGGUAAGUUCAUCCCUUUCGACGACAACAUUAACUUCCACAAGUUAAUUGCAUUGGCGAUUGCUAUAUGGACUUGCAUCCACACAUUAAUGCAUGUCACUUGCAAUUACCCAAGAAUAACGUCUUGUCCUCAUGAUGAGUUCAACCAAAUUCUUGGACCUGCGUUCAGUUACAAGCAGCCGAAUUACCAGGGCCUCCUUCAGAGUACUCCGGGCGCAACGGGGAUUUUAAUGAUCAUUUUGAUGGCUUUUACGUUCACACUAGCAACGCGUUCAUUCAGAAGGAACGUUGUCAAAUUGCCUUGGCCCAUCCACCAGUUGGCAGGGUUUAAUGCUUUUUGGUACGCCCAUCAUUUAUUGGUCAUCGUCUACGCCCUCCUGAUCAUUCAUCGCAACUUCUUAUUUCUCACCCAGUGGUACAACGACACGACAUGGAUGUACGUAAUGAUCCCAAUUAUUCUUUAUGCCGGAGAGCGAAGUCUUACAUCAGUUCCGGAUCGCAGUUAUCGGGUCAGCAUCAUCAAGGCUAUAGUAUACACAACAAAUGCUCUAGCACUAUAUAUGAGCAAACCUCCAGGAUUCAAGUACCAAAGUGGAAUGUACAUCUUUGUCAAGUGCCCAGAUGUGGCAAGUUUUGAAUGGCAUCCCUUCUCAAUAACUUCUGCGCCAGGAGAUGACUACUUGAGUGUCCACAUCCGUGCCUUGGGAGACUGGACUACAGAGCUUAAAAACCAAUUUGCACAGGUCUGUGACCCUCCAUCAACACAACCAAGAAGUGGUAGUCUAGUUAGAAUGGAAACUAAAGCAAGGUCUAAAGCAAGCUCAAAACUUGACGAUACAGAAGCAAGAUUUCCAAAGAUUCUCAUCAAAGGUCCAUAUGGAGCACCCGCUCAAAACUUCAAGAAGUAUGACAUUCUCCUCCUCAUUGGCCUGGGAAUUGGAGCAACUCCAAUGAUCAGCAUCCUCAAAGAUCUUCUAAACCACAUGAAGCAAAGUGACAGUAACAAAGUCAAGGAAGAAGAACAUCCACUUGAGGAGAAUAAGAAAGGUCCAGAAAGAGCUUAUUUCUAUUGGGUAACAAGGGAACAAGGCUCAUUUGAUUGGUUCAGAGGUGUCAUGGAUGAUAUUGCAGACUAUGACCAAAAUAAUGUAAUAGAAAUGCAUAACUACCUGACUAGUGUGUAUGAAGAAGGAGAUGCACGAUCUGCACUCAUUGCCAGGGUGCAGUCUCUGCAGCAUGCUAAAAAUGGAGUUGACGUUGUCUCAGAAAGUCGGACAAGAACACAUUUUGCAAGACCCAACUGGAAGAAAGUGUUCUCUCAAUUAGUAAAUACCCACCCAUCCUCACGAAUUGGUGUCUUCUACUGUGGAAGCUCUGCACUUACCAAACCACUACAGAAGCUUUGCCAGGAGUUUAGCCUAAACUCAUCCACCCGUUUCCAUUUCCACAAGGAAAACUUCUAGAGUUGAAAUAUCAUAUGACUAACAAGUUUGUCGACCUCAACUGAAAUCAAAUAUAUUGCCUUUUCCAUUA